AUGGCACCCGAUAUAACUCAAGCAGCACCAUAUACAAAGCCGAAGCGCAAACGAGAGCAAGAAGACGAGGGGGAACGCCCGGAGAAAGCUUCAAACGUCCAAACCAGCGCGGAGGUUCCGAGCCGCAAGCGAAAAAAGCGCAAGAAGGCGAAACAACCAGUCGAUGAUGUGAAGGAUGCGGAGAGAGAGGAUGGAAUUGAUGAGUCAAUUGGAAAAAUGGAUGGGAAGCUUUUGGCGGACUAUUUUGCGCAGAAGGCGAAGCGGCAUAAUAAAGACUUAACGGCAGUUGAGCUGGAUGACAUCUAUAUACCCGAUUAUGCAUUCCUUAAUACAUCGUCCUGGCAAUCACCGCGAACCCUCGAACAUUUACCCUCCUUCCUCAAGAAGCACAGUCCGAAGAAGGGAUCGACGCUCUUCCAGUCAUCAGAGUCGAAGGGCAGCCCUCAUACCAUUGUGAUCACACUUGCUGGUCUCCGGGCUGCAGAUAUGACAAGGGCAUUGCGAGAAUUCCAGAACAAGGACUCCGCUGUUGGGAAGUUGUUUGCUAAACAUAUUAAGCUCGCCGAGGCCCAGGAAUUUGUGAAAAAGACAAGAAUUGGAAUAGGAAUCGGAACCCCAGUCCGUUUAAACGAUCUGAUAGACACAGGAGCCUUAAAACUCGAUUCAUUGAAGCGAAUCGUAAUUGACGGUUCGUAUAUUGAUCAGAAAAAGCGAGGCAUAUUCGACAUGAAGGAUCUGCAUUUUCCACUGCUCAAAUUUCUUAAUCGUGCAGAUUUGCGAGAUCGAUAUAAAUCGAGAGACGAUAAGGUUGAGAUAUUAGUUUUCUGAGUGGAUCCCGUCUAUCCCUGAGGUUAUGCUCUUUCGGGAAAUGCCUGUCAAUAGGCAGUACAAGCGGACUGGAUAUCUGUCGCAGUACGAUUUCAUUAUACAAAGCAUUCCUGAGGGGCUUGUCAGGCUUCACGGUCUAGAAUAUGUGCAAACGCGAAAGCCGAUUUGACGAAGCGGCCUCGCUCUAUGUACUCCCGAUAUCCGCGAGAUGCGACGGCUUCGGAGCCCGCCCUAGGCCAGCAAAGACCGCUCUAUACUGCUAUCAUAUCACUGUCUGAAAUGCAGAAAUUGAAUUGGCCUGGCCAACCAGUACGUAAACGUUCCGGCAAAAUUCAGGUUUACAGCCUACUUCUUCGCAUGCUGUCGCGACUUUGCACCCAUUUCCAAUCCUGUAUGUCGGUCACGUCUCUGAGCGAUGCUGCAUUCAUUCAUAUCUCCGGAGACCGAGUGCCAAUCGCGCAUUCUCGUUGGUUGUGCGACUUUGAGCACAAUUGACUUGUUCCAACUAGGGUUUGGUUGUCGCCCGAUCUCAAGUUCCAUAGUUUUGCUUUUAAAACCCCUUUGUCCUCCCUCUGGCACAAGCUCAUGUUAUGCCUUUCAGGUGUUUGCUGAAUGAGCAUCUGUUGGAUCAACGCUAUUCAUGUCUCCAGAAUAUAGACUACCGGCAUAGAUGUUAAGAAGCCUUCUCGC